UGUAAGGUGUCCACCCCUCUCGUAUCAGUUGAGUCUAAGUCUGAAAUGCGAUAGUAGCUUUCACCUGUAAACUCGUUAUCGUGUUUUAAACUUGAAUACAGUGGAAAGCACGAUGGUGAGAUUUUUCUUUAGCAGAGAAAAAGUUAGUCAUUUGAUGCGAACAGUUUCAUCGAAAUGGAACAUCUAUUCGCCAGAUUUUGUCCCACCAAGAGGCUUUCAGUAUCAUGGGACCUCUACCACACAACCACAAAAAGAAUACGCAUUCGAGAUGGCGUGUUCUUCAGUUCGUUAUGGAGAAGGUGCUACACAAGAAGUAGGUAAAGACUUCCGCAAUUUAGGUUCCAAGCUGAUAUGUGUGAUGACAGAUAAAGGUGUUUUGAAAACACGAGCUGUGAAAGUAGCACUUCAGUCACUGGAGGAUCAAAACCUGAAAUACAAGUUAUUCACAGAUGUAAAAGUGGAACCAUCUGAUGAAAGCUUUAAAACAGCCAUAGACUUUGUGAAGCAAGACAACUUCGAUGCCUUCCUUGCGAUUGGUGGUGGUUCUACUAUGGACACAUGUAAAGCUGCCAACUUGUACUCAUCUGAUCCAUCAGCAGACUUCCUAGACUAUGUCAAUGCUCCAAUUGGCAAAGGUCUCCCUAUUACCAUAUCUGUAAAACCCCUUAUUGCAAUACCAACUACCACAGGAACAGGCAGUGAAACAACAGGCACAGCUGUGUUUGGAUUUGAUAAACUAAAGGCUAAAACUGGUAUUUCCAAUCGCUCUUUGCGACCAACAUUAGGGAUUUUGGAUCCAUUGAAUGUGGUAUCUCAGCCAGAACGUGUUGUUGCAUACAGUGGCCUUGAUAUUCUGGGUCAUGCAUUAGAAUCUUACACAGCCCUACCUUAUUAUGAAAGAGCUCCUAGAGCAAGCAGUCCUGAACUUCGGCCAGCUUACCAAGGCAGUAACCCUAUUAGUGAUGUUUGGUCCCAAGCUGCACUUCAGGUGUGUGAUAAAUAUCUUCAAAGGGCAGUUGACAACCAAGAUGAUUUAGAAGCCAUAUCUAAUUUACAACUAGCCAGUAGUUUUGCUGCUGUUGGUUUUGGAAACGCUGGUGUCCAUUUAUGCCAUGCUAUAUCUUAUCCAAUUGCUGGAUUAGUUAGAGACUAUCAAGCUGAAGGUUAUCCCACUGACAAACCUAUUAUUCCCCAUGGACUCUCAGUCAUAAUUACAUCACCUGCAGUGUUCAGUGCAACUGCAAUGUCUUGUCCACAGCGUCAUUUGAAUGGGGCUAGUUUCUUGGGAGUUGAUAUCAGCAACAAGAAAGCAAGCGAUGCUGGUGCCAUUCUAUCAGACAAAUUAAGGUCGAUUUGUCAGUCAUUGAGGGUUCCUAAUGGUUUGAAGGCUCUUGGUUAUACUGAAGAAGAUAUUCCUGCCAUGGUUAAAGGUACUUUGCCUCAGCACCGAGUCACUAAACUGUCACCAUUGCAGCAGUCAGAUGAAGAACUUGCAGAAACUCUUGCAGACAUUAUAAAAAAUUCAAUGACAAUAUACUAAGAAAGACAUUUCUGUAGUAUUCUCUCUACUUCCUUGCUCAAAAAA